UGGUGCUGCUUCUGGUGCUGCUGCCCGGCGAGGGCCGGAGGAGCCGCAGCGGCAGGAGGCGGAGGGGAAGCGGCCGGCCCAGCGCUCCGGCCCCCCGGCUCCCCCCGGGAGCGCCCGCCGCCGAGCGCCGAGCCCGCGGCCCCCGCCUGGAUGGAGGGUCUCCCCAGAGGAGGGCUGACCAUGAAAGAAGAACCCUUGACCAGUGGACUGACAUCCGUAAGGUCCUGGAUGCAAAGCGCUGGGAUCCUGGAUGCCAACACGGCAGCCCAGAGCGGGGUGGGCCUGGCCCGCGCCCAUUUCGAGAAGCAGCCGCCCUCCAACCUGCGGAAAUCCAACUUCUUCCACUUCGUGCUGGCCAUGUACGACCGGCAGGGGCAGCCCGUGGAGAUCGAGCGCACCUCCUUCAUCGACUUCGUGGAGAAGGACAGGGAGCAGAACGGUGAGAAAACCAACAACGGCAUCCACUACCGCCUGCAACUGCUGUACAGCAACGGGCUGCGGACGGAGCAGGAUCUCUACGUGCGGCUCAUCGACUCCAUGUCCAAGCAGGCCAUCAUCUACGAGGGGCAGGACAAAAACCCCGAGAUGUGCCGCGUGCUGCUGACCCACGAGAUCAUGUGCAGCCGCUGCUGUGACAAGAAGAGCUGCGGGAACCGCAACGAGACGCCCUCUGACCCCGUCAUCAUCGACAGGGGUUCCAGCGGCUGCAGAAGAUGAUCCCCCGGCACCCCGGAGACCCCGAGCGCUUACCCAAGGAAGUCCUGCUGAAGAGGGCGGCAGACCUGGUGGAGGCCCUGUACGGGAUGCCGCACAAUAACCAGGACAUCAUCCUGAAGCGAGCAGCAGACAUCGCCGAGGCCCUGUACAGCGUCCCGCGCACCCCCAGCCAGCUGUCCUCGCUGGCCGGGAACCACGCCCACGCGGGCAUGAUGGGCGUCAACUCCUUCGGGAGCCAGCUGGCCAUCAACAUCAGCGACUCAGGCCCGGGCACCGAGCAAGGCUAUGCCCGCAACACGAGCAGCGUCUCGCCGCGGGGCUACGUGCCCAGCUCCACCCCACAGCAGAGCGGCUACAACACCAUCACAUCCAGCAUGACCGGCUACGGGGGGGCAGCCAUGACCGGCCUCGGGGUGCCUGGCUCCCCCAGCUUCCUCAACGGCUCCACCGCCAACUCCCCCUAUGCCAUCAUGCCCUCCAGCCCCCCACUGGGCGCCUCCUCCAUCACCCUCCCGUCUGGCGCCAGCUCCUCCACCCCCGCCGGCGUCUUCUCCUUCUCCCCGGUCAACAUGAUCUCCGCCGUCAAGCAGAAGAGCGCCUUCGCCCCUGUGGUGCGGCCGCCCACCUCCCCCACCCCCACCUGCACCAGCACCAACGGGAACAGCCUGCAGGACCAGUCUUUUGAAGACUCCGACAAGUUUCACCCCCCUGCUCGGUCGCUCCAGGGACUGGCCUAUUCCUAGACACACUAUGUCGGGUCUCCUUGUGCCGUCCAUGUGACCCGGGACUGGACCGGGACCCGGAGGGAGCGGACCACGCACAGGGACCAAAGCUCACCAUUGACUGGGCCCCCAGGGGCUGCGGGGGGCUCGUGCCCACAGCCCCCCUCCCCCAAAGGACGCGGCUCGGGGGGAAGCCAGGCUGCAGCCGGAGGGGAAGCCGUACCCUCUAGCCAGGGGCAGUUCUCCUGCCAAGCUCCCCCCGGGGCCUGGCUGCAUGGACCGCAGGCUGGGUCCCUCCACGGGGUAGUGCAAAGGGGUGGGGGGUCUCUCACUCUGACUGCAUCUCGCCCUCCUUCCUUCGGGGGGCUCCCCCAGGCUGCCCCAGGUGGAGAGCUCCCGGUAACACCCCCAGCGGCGCUAGGCGAGAUGAGGGGCUCUGCUGUGGGGGGAAGGGCCCCUGCUGGGGAGCUCUGCCCCAUGGCUCUGCUCUGGGGCUUGAGACGGGAGCUCAGAGAGGGUAGCAGCCUGAGCACAGGUUCUGGGGCCAGGACUCUCGGGUUCUGAUCCCAGCUCCGCCCGACUCUGCAGCCUUGGCGACCUGCUGCCCCUUUUCGGCCCUGUCUGGAAAGGGGGCUGGCAGGGGGCCGAGGCUGGGCCGGAUUCGGGUCCCUGGAGCGCUGGCACCACCAGGGGCCAGGCCACGGGCUGACCGGAGCCUGGCCCAGCUCGGGGGGCACUGGGGUGACAGCCCCCUGCAGGCGCUGCCGACAUGUCCUGCGCCCCACAGCGUCCAAACUAGCCGCCCAGGGUCCGGGGAAGCCCAGAGACCUGGGGGUGGGAACUGACCAUUCCCACAUUAACCAAACUUUGUUAUUUUAACGUCAAAACCCCAAAGCCCAGCUCAGGGGCCGGGCUGGAGUUUGGGGGCAGAGGCUCAGGGCAAUUCGUGCCUUUUCCAACCCCCCCCCGGCCGUGCCCCGUCCCCUACGUGCUGGGCAAACCCGGGGGGAGUCGCUCCCAGCUCGCCCGCUUUGUUUCCCUCCUGUCUGGCCACGCAGCUCGGGAAGGGUCACCUGAGCGGGGGCAGGAGCUGGGAUGCCAGGGGCCACGCGGGAUGGGCUCCCGGCGCCAGACCCCAGCACAGCCCAGAGCCCCGGGCCUAGAACCGCAGCGCAGGCCCCAGCCCCUCGCGCCUCCCUUCCCAGCUCGGCUUGUGGGCUGAACGCUCAGCCCCGGGACGUUCCCAGCCAGCGGCGGAGCUGCCCACCCACCGAUCCCCACGGCAGCCGGCCCCGGAUGCUGGAGUCCCAGGCCUCUGCGCUGGGUCGGGUAGUUUGGGGUGGAGCUCGGCCAGGCCUGGAGGAACCGGAGCCCAGGCCAGCUGCUGGUUGCGCUCCCAGGGCCGCCUCUAACGCCCACUGGAGUCCUUGGCCUGGGGUCCGGCCUCUGCCCUUCCCCUGGCCCGGGGCAGGAAUUAACAACGCGGGAGAGGCCCAGGCCGGCUCCAGCGAAAGGCAAUGCCCGAGGCCGAGCGCACGGCCCUGCCGCGCUGGGAGAAACGCUGUGUAAAAACCCACCCGGCGUUGGCCUGUUCCUUUCGGCUCCGUUUUAACCCCGCGGAGCCGGGCCCGAGCUGCCGGCUUUGAGAUGUACUAAAUCCCGCCAGCCCCACCCCCGGUAGUUAGUGCCGAUAAACGGGGGCAGGAUGGGUUUCGGGCGGCAGCGAGGGGCCCAGAUGGUGUAAAUAAGGAAAGGAGAAUGCCCUGGUGCCGGCUGGGCCCCCGGCUUCUCCAUGUGUCUCUGGUUGCCGGGCGGGCGCCUCCCCCACGCUGACUUUUUUACUCUGUCCGUCGUGUGUCUGUGAAGCCUGUACAGUAGCCCUGGCGCUACCUUCAUGCACUGUGUAAAUGUAAGCACAUGUAAAGCGAACAUUAGCCUCGGUAUCCACCCGCUAGGCGCUGGGGCCUAGAAUAUACUGCCUGACGCUGCCUUCCCAG